CAGAUCACAGCGAUUGGUAUGAACCUAAGCUGAUCAGUUUUAAAGACUUUCUGCAUGAAAUCGACACUUGGAUGAAUGCAGACCCUGAUCCACAAAAGGAUGAAGUUGCAGCCUCUAAUGUUGAAUCAAAGGUAGCAUCUCAUGACAGUGACAUUGCGCCGCAUGAUAGUGUCUCACAAGUAGCGCAAGAAGCGAGCGACAUGAUUUCUGAACGAGUUGCUAAACCUGUCAGCAAGGGCUCUAGUAAAGCGCCCAGUAAUGUUACUGCAGCCUUAAGUUUAAGGAGUAAAAGCUCGCGUGCGGCUUCAAUUGCGCUGAUGGAAGCUGAAGUGGAAAGAGCCGCUUUAAAAGCGGAGGUGGACGCACUGCAAGAAAAACAUGCGCUCGAACUGGAAGAAGUUCAAUUAAAAGCAAGAAAAGAAGCAUUGGCUCUAAGAACUAAGUUGGUUAAGGCUGAUGCAAAAAGGCAAAUUCUCACCUCUGCUCAGGAUCGGCAGAGCCUUGCAUCCAGGGCUGAGGUUGAAUCAGAAGGCGGGAUUACAGCGCCUUCUGGAACAUCUACUGAGUUCAUACCUGCUGCUACAGCUCGAAAGGCUCCAAGAACAAAGAAAGCCCCUUUAGUUCAUUCUCCUUUGCCAAUGCCCCUAGAGACACAUGCACCUGCUAAGGUCAAACCAGAAGGGGAAAGCCCAAGGCCAAUCUCUUCACAGGUUGAUGUUCACAGCAGUGCCCUAAUAGAGAUUAUGACAAAGCAAAAUGAAAUUACUCAGAUGCUUGUAAACCAACAGAGGUUGUCACUGCUUCCAGCUAUAGACAUUCCUGUUUUUGGUGGUGAUCCUUUGCGUUUUAGAUCCUUUCUUAAGGCUUUUGAGCAAGGAAUAGAAACUAAAACUGAUAACAUGCAGGAUAGGCUUUAUUAUUUAGAACAGUUUACUACAGGACAGCCCAGAAUUUUAGUGAGAAGUUGUAUGCACAUGAGUCCACAGACAGCUUAUGUUGAGGCAAAAAGGCAGCUUGAGUGGAACUUUGGUAACAGAGCAAAGAUAACGUCUGCAUUUAUAGACAAGGCUCUUAACUGGUCAGUUUUAAAGUCUGAUGAUGCUUCAGCAUUACGUGCUUACACAUUCUUUCUAAGAAGCUGCUUCAACACAAUGGAUGAAGCUGGGUUUCUUGAUGAGCUGGAAAAUUCAACCAAUAUGAGGAUUCUUGUUUCAAAGUUGCCUUUUAGACUUCGUGAUAAAUGGCGACUAAUAAUCGUUGAUAUAACAGAAAAGUGCGAUCGCAGAGCAGGAUUUAAAGAUCUUCUUGAUUUUCUUGAAAAGCAAACAAGAGCUGCAUUAGAUCCUGUUUUUGGAGAGAGUCAAAACACAAAAGAAAAGAUGGCUUCAAACACCGCUUAAAACUAAAAGCAGUAGCUUUGCUACUUCUGUUGCUGUAGUUUCAGAACAGAACAAUGACAAACACAAACCGGAACGGAUUCAGAUAAGCCAUGAAGAUAAAGGGUUAGAUCAAACUCGGUGCUUGUUUUGUGACCAAACUCAUUUUUUGGACGUAUGUGACUCAUUCAAACUAAAAGCCAACAAAGAAAAGGUGACAUUCCUUAAGAGUAAAGGUUUAUGCUUUGGUUGCUUACAGAGAGGCCACAUGAGUAAAGCUUGUCCACAUCGUUUGACGUGCCACACCUGUAACAAAAAUCACCCUACUGUUCUCCACAUAGACUCAAAAGAACGGCAGUGGCAAGCAGCUAAAGCUGAAUGUAAAGAAUCAUCAGUCUCAAAUGCUCUUGUUUCUUUGAACUUUGGUAGCCAUACUGGGGCCGGGUCUAAUGAAUGUGCCUUGUCAGUUGUUCCAGUAAAAGUGAAGUUGGAAAAUGGGACGAAGGUUGUGGAGACGUACGCCUUUCUUGAUCCCGGCAGCUCUGCAACUUUUUGCACUGAGGCGUUGAUGAUGCAAUUAAAUGCAUCUGGAAAAAAAGUGGAAAUCAUGUUAAAGACUAUGGGUCAGGAAAGGCCAGUAAGUAGCUAUAAACUUUUUGGUAUGGAAGUAGCUGCUUUGAAACAGAAUGAGUAUUUGAGGUUGCCUGAUGUGUACACUCAAAAGGUUAUUCCUGUCACU